AUGUUGUUAAGAGAGAUCUCUCUUAAAAGAUAAAACUAUCCUCUAACUGUACUAGUUUUGAUUAAAGGCUAAGAGACAAAUCUGCAGAGGCCAUCUACAGUCGGUCUUUAAACAAAGUCUUCAGCAGCCAAGUUGUAUAAGCAAGAAAAAGGGAAAGAAGGAAAGAAAAACACUAAACUGACUGGUAGGUGAAAUUGGGCUCGAACACCUUGAUUUUAUUAGUUAGUAGAUGGAUAUAUGUAGGUGUCAGCUUGAAAUUCAUUAACAUUAGUGAUUGGUUUUGUGCAAUGUAUUUAGAACAGAUUUGACUUGUACAAUUUGUUUAGAACAUGAGGGCUGUUGAUGGAGCUGAUCUUGUCUCCAUUCGUAUUGAUGAAAAGCUUGUUGGGUUUACUCCAAAUACUUCGGAGUACUCUUGUAUAUUUAGAGUGCAUACCCAGUUACGCAACGUAAAUGAGAAAGCAUACGAACCUGAACUGCUUGCUAUUGGUCCUUACCACCGUGGCAAGGUUGAUUUGAGACAGAUGGAAGAGCACAAAUUGCGUUAUUUACAACUACUUCUUCAAAGAAGAAACGAAAGCAGUGUGGAAAGAUACAUCAAGGCCAUGAGAGAAUUGGAAGGAAGAGCUCGUAGAUUUUAUGCAGAAACCAUUAGCCUAACCACAGAUGAGUUCGUAGAAAUGUUACUUCUUGAUGGGUGUUUCAUCAUUGAGUUGUUCCGCAAGUUCAAAAAGACGGAUCCAAUACAUGAUGAAUGUGACCCAAUCUUCCGAUUGGAUUGGAUGUUCUAUAGCUUAACACGUGAUCUAAUGUUAUUUGAAAACCAAAUUCCAUCCUUUGUUCUCACUAAAUUGUUCGAGAUGACAGAGGUUCCUAACGAGCAGGACCACCUUAUUAAUCUAGCCAUGUUUUACUUGGAAGGCUCAUUAUUUUCAUUUGGAGGCCGUAUCUCAAAAUCAAGUUAUGAAUUGCGAAACAGUAGGCAUCUACUUGCUUUGCUACAUAAAUCUGUCACUCCACCAUAUGUAGAAAUUAGUACAGGUAAGAAUGUCGUAGAGUGGAAUUCAAUACCUAGUGCCACAGAGCUUCAAGAGGCUGGAGUCAAAUUCAAGAAGCUAGAGACAGGUGGCUUCUUAGAAAUAAAGUUCAACAUUAAUGGGGUAAUGGAAAUUCCACCUUUGAAAAUAGGAGAUGUAACAGAAUCGAUGUUCCGAAAUCUGGUUGCGUAUGAGCAAUACAGUCCAAGUAAUAAUCCCAAAUACUUCACAGAAUAUAUGAACUUCAUGGAUUAUCUCAUCAACUCUCCAAAGGAUGUUGAAUUACUUCGUCGACGAGGAAUUAUUGAAAAUUGGCUGGGUGAUGAUGAAGCUGUCUCCACAAUGUUUAACAAGCUUAAUCACUGUGUCGUGGUAUCCAACUUCCGUUAUGCUCAAAUUUUCAGAGAUGUGAACAAGUAUUGCAGAAGACGUCAGAAUGUGUGGAUAGCAAAAUUGAGGCACAACUACUUCAACAGUCCUUGGGCAUUGAUUUCAUUUCUUGCAGCUGCCUUUUUGCUCAUACUUGCUUUAACACAGUCCAUUUUUACCGUUCUUGCUUACUUUGUUCCCAGAAAGUAACAAGUAGCUGAUAAUUUUGUUCCCUUAAUUAGUUCAUAUAACAUAAUUUUGGAAUAAUGUUUUAGUAAUUCAUGACUUAAAUGGCUCCUCAGAAGAUCUUUCUGCUGAUAAGCUAGAGUUAUCUUUGUUGAA